CCCGGAGCUGCGCGCCUCCUCCAUCCCACCCCUAGCCCGCGGCGCCGGCGCCGGCGCCCCCGCCUCCUCGGGCUCUCCAUACGGGUGACGUGAGCCGAGGCCGAGUUCCUCCCUCGGACUCUGUUCUGUGCAGCGGGCGGAGGGAGGGAAGAGAGAGGCGGAGACGGGGAUCAGCUGCGUUGGGAGCAGGAAGUUGAGCAGGACCGGGAGCCGCCACCGCCACCGCCACCACCGCCGCCGCCGCCGUCGUCACCGCCUGGAGUCCAGCGCCAGCACCCAGUCUUUCUUUCCUCUGGGCAGCCCCUCAGUCCUUCCUUUUUUUUCUUUCCUCCCGGUCCGCCGCUAUCGCGGCUAACCUGCCUCCCAGUCCAGGUAUUGCAUGAGGUUCUCAGAUUACCAAAACCAAAGAGAGAUAAUCCUUUCCCUCAAGUAGCUUGCCUUCUAUUUGGGAGACAACACAUAUAUUUAUUGGAAAGUGUGGAUAGAUCAUCAAAAAAAUGGAAGAUGGAAAGCCCGUUUGGGCUCCACAUCCCACAGAUGGAUUUCAGAUGGGCAAUAUUGUGGAUAUUGGUCCAGACAGCUUAACAAUUGAACCUUUAAGCCAAAAAGGGAAGACAUUUUUGGCUCUUAUAAAUCAAGUGUUUCCUGCAGAAGAGGAUAGUAAAAAAGAUGUGGAAGAUAACUGUUCACUGAUGUACUUAAAUGAAGCCACACUCCUCCAUAAUAUCAAAGUACGAUAUAGUAAAGACAGGAUUUAUACAUAUGUGGCUAACAUCUUGAUUGCAGUGAACCCAUACUUUGACAUUCCUAAAAUAUAUUCUUCAGAAACAAUUAAGCAGUAUCAAGGAAAAUCUCUUGGAGUAUUGCCACCUCAUGUCUUUGCAGUUGCUGACAAAGCUUUUCGAGACAUGAAGGUACUCAAAAUGAGUCAAUCGAUCAUUGUCUCUGGAGAAUCAGGUGCUGGCAAAACCGAAAAUACUAAAUUUGUUCUUAGGUAUCUCACAGAAUCCUAUGGUACGGGCCAAGAUAUUGAUGAUAGAAUUGUGGAAGCCAACCCAUUGCUCGAAGCUUUUGGGAAUGCAAAGACUGUUCGUAAUAAUAAUAGCAGCCGUUUUGGAAAAUUUGUUGAAAUACAUUUUAAUGAAAAGAAUGCAGUUGUUGGUGGAUUUGUUUCACACUACCUUCUAGAGAAAUCUAGGAUUUGUGUUCAAGGCAAAGAAGAAAGGAAUUACCAUAUAUUUUACAGACUAUGUGCUGGUGCUUCUGAAGAUAUUAGAGAAAAGCUUCAUUUAAGUUCCCCAGACAAUUUUCGGUACUUAAAUCGAGGCUGCACUAGGUUCUUCGCUAAUAAGGAAACAGACAAACAGAUUUUACAGAACCGCAAAAGUCCUGAGUACCUUAAAGCAGGUUCCUUAAAAGAUCCUCUUUUAGAUGACCAUGGUGAUUUCAACAGGAUGUGCACAGCCAUGAAAAAGAUUGGUUUGGGUGAUGAAGAAAAACUCGAUCUUUUCAGGGUUGUAGCUGGUGUCCUGCAUCUUGGAAAUAUUGAUUUUGAGGAAACUGGCAGCACCUCAGGUGGUUGUAACCUGAAGAACAAAUCUACUCAGUCUUUGGAGUGUUGUGCUGAGUUGCUCGGUUUGGAUCAAGAUGAUCUUCGAGUGAGUUUAACCACAAGAGUUAUGCUUACAACAGCAGGUGGCACCAAAGGAACGGUUAUAAAGGUACCUUUGAAGGUGGAGCAAGCCAACAAUGCACGUGAUGCUUUGGCAAAAACUGUCUAUAGUCAUCUUUUUGAUCAUGUGGUGAACAGAGUAAAUCAGUGUUUUCCUUUUGAAACAUCAUCAUUUUUUAUUGGAGUGCUAGAUAUUGCUGGUUUUGAAUACUUUGAACACAACAGUUUUGAACAGUUUUGCAUCAACUAUUGCAAUGAAAAGCUACAACAGUUUUUUAAUGAAAGAAUUUUGAAAGAGGAACAAGAACUCUAUCAAAAAGAAGGCUUAGGUGUCAAUGAAGUACACUAUGUGGAUAAUCAGGACUGUAUUGACUUAAUUGAAGCAAAGUUAGUGGGAGUACUGGAUAUUUUGGAUGAAGAAAAUCGCCUUCCUCAACCAAGUGAUCAGCACUUUACAGCUGCAGUUCAUCAGAAGCACAAGGACCAUUUUCGUCUUACUAUUCCCAGGAAAUCCAAACUGACUAUUCACAGGAACAUCAGAGAUGAUGAAGGUUUUAUCAUCAGGCAUUUUGCAGGAGCUGUGUGCUAUGAAACAACUCAAUUUGUUGAGAAAAACAAUGAUGCUUUACAUAUGUCUCUUGAGUCCUUAAUAUGUGAAUCCAGGGAUAAAUUUAUUCGGGAAUUAUUUGAGUCAUCCACAAACAACAACAAAGACACUAAGCAAAAAGCAGGAAAGCUUAGCUUCAUCAGUGUGGGGAACAAAUUCAAGACACAAUUAAAUUUGCUUCUGGAAAAAUUGCGUAGCACUGGAUCUAGUUUUAUUCGUUGCAUCAAGCCUAAUUUAAAGAUGACAAGUCACCAUUUUGAAGGUGCUCAAAUUUUGUCCCAACUUCAAUGUUCAGGAAUGGUGUCUGUUUUGGACCUGAUGCAGGGCGGUUUUCCAUCUCGAGCUUCAUUUCAUGAGCUCUAUAACAUGUACAAGAAAUAUAUGCCAGAUAAACUUGCUCGAUUGGAUCCAAGACUCUUUUGCAAGGCUCUUUUUAAAGCUUUGGGCCUAAAUGAACAUGACUACAAAUUUGGAUUAACAAAAGUGUUUUUUAGACCUGGAAAGUUUGCAGAAUUUGAUCAGAUAAUGAAAUCAGAUCCUGAUCAUUUGGCUGAACUUGUUAAAAGAGUGAAUUAUUGGCUUGUCUGCAGUCGCUGGAAAAAAGUUCAGUGGUGUUCACUUUCAGUCAUCAAAUUGAAAAACAAAAUAAAAUAUCGUGCAAAUGCAUGUAUUAAAAUACAGAAGACUAUUCGAAUGUGGCUGUGCAAAAGAAGACACAAACCUCGCAUUGAUGGUCUUAUCAAAGUGCGCACGCUGAAAAAAAGACUUGACAAAUUUAAUGAAGUAGUGAAUGCUUUGAAAGAUGGAAAACCAGAGAUGAUCAAGCAAAUCAAGAAUCUUGAUGUUUCUAUUGAUACUUUGAUAGCUAAAAUUAAGUCCACCCUGAUGACAAGGGAACAGAUCCAGAAAGAAUAUGAUGCACUAGUUAAAAGCUCAGAACAACUCCUUAGUGCAUUACAGAAAAAGAAGCAACAACAAGAAGAAGCAGAAAGACUGAAGAAAAUUCAGGAAGAAAUGGAAAAAGAAAGAAGACGACUUGAAGAAGAUGAGAAACGCCGAAAAAAGGAUGAAGAAGAAAGACGGAUGAAAUUAGAAAUGGAAGCAAAGAGAAAACAAGAAGAAGAGGAAAGAAAGAAAAGAGAAGAUGAUGAAAAACGUAUACAGGCUGAAGUGGAGGCACAAUUAGCCAGACAGCGUGAAGAAGAAACCCAACAACAGGCAGUGCUUGAACAAGAACGUCGUGACCGUGAGCUUGCUAUGAGGAUUGUUCAGAAUGAAGCAGAGCUCAUCAGUGAAGAAGCACAACUUGAUUUAGGAUUACGCAGAGAACAAAUGGCCAAAGAAAUGUCAGAACUUUUGGCUAGAGGUCCUGCAGUCCAAGCUACUAAAGCAGCUGCUGGAUCAAAGAAAUAUGAUCUUAGUAAAUGGAAAUAUGCAGAACUCCGUGAUACAAUCAAUACUUCUUGUGAUAUUGAACUAUUGGCAGCUUGUCGAGAAGAAUUUCAUAGAAGACUAAAGGUCUACCAUGCUUGGAAGUCCAAGAACAAGAAGCGCAAUACAGAAACAGAACAACGUGCACCAAAAUCAGUUACUGAUUAUGAUUUUGCACCAUUUUUGAACAAUUCACCUCAGCAGAACCCAACAGCUCAGCUUCCUGCAAGACAGCAGGAGAUUGAAAUGAAUCGGCAGCAACGCUAUUUCCGUAUUCCAUUCAUUCGCCCUGCAGACCAAUACAAAGAUCCUCAGAAUAAGAAGAAAGGCUGGUGGUAUGCACAUUUUGAUGGCCCUUGGAUUGCCCGACAAAUGGAACUUCAUCCUGACAAACCACCUAUCCUUCUUGUUGCUGGUAAGGAUGACAUGGAGAUGUGUGAGCUAAAUCUUGAAGAGACUGGUCUAACUCGGAAACGUGGUGCUGAGAUUUUGCCCAGGCAAUUUGAAGAGAUUUGGGAACGCUGUGGUGGCAUCCAGUACCUUCAAAAUGCAAUUGAAAGCAAACAGGCUCGGCCAACAUAUGCAACAGCCAUGCUGCAGAAUCUGUUAAAGUAAAUUCUGCCCACUAAGUAUAGAGCUGGAAACUCUGGCAGAAAUACAAAGGAAGGAUUCCUUUGUUUCCCAGAGGAUUUAAACAUUCCAUAAUCAUGCUAUAGAAGCUUAAUAUAAAGUGAACGGAUUUUAUUAAUUAUGAGGGUUUAUUAAGUUUUACUUGCUGAGGGUUAGUUUCAAUAGGGAACUCUAAUUUUGAGCUGGAACACUUUUUGUCCAGUUUUUUCCAUUUCUGCCUCAUUAGUCUAGUGCAUCCUCCUUCCAAAGCCUCUCAGAAUUCUAACACUCAACAUAUGUUGACAAAUUCUGUUAUUUCUCAUCUUUUGGUGAUUAUAUUAAAGAAUCAGAAUUGCCCCUUUUAGAAGAAGAAACUUUUUAAAAUAUUAAAAAUACUUGGCUUUCUGAAAGCCUGUAAAAUGAGGAUAUGUUAUAUCUUAUAAUUGGAAUUGGAAGCCCUUAGCUUUAUUUUCUCACACAAUAAAGAUUAGGUAUUUUUGAAUAUGAUCAAGAUCUUGAUGUCUUAGUAGGCUUAGGAGGUAUCUGAAACUAACUUUUCCAGGAACUAAUGAAAAUUUCCCCUAAAGUUAGAAAACGUUAUUCCUUCCCCACCUUUUAUUGAACUUUAGCUUGAGUGAAACAAUUCUUUAUGAAUUUUGGGGAAAAUCUUAAGUAUAUUUGAUAUAUUGUAUAAUAAAGGAGACAGUGAAUUUGAUAUCCUAAACAAUUUUCUCUUUUUUUGAAAUCUGAAAUGUGUUUCUUGAAGAACAUUAAUUUUAUUUUCCUUAGACAGAAAUAUAUACUUAGUUAAUAUAAAUGUUGAAUAGAAGAAAUUGCAGAUAAUUCGCUUAGAGAAAAGAAAAACAUAAGGGAAAAGUAUAUUAUGGCACAACUGGAAUGUUUUAGCUAAAUUCAUAUAUCUUUUCUGCUUUGUCUCUGCUGUGAUUCAAAUGAUAAUAUUACUAUUGUGUUAAGAUCUUACGUCACAAUGUAAUUUUUGACUACUGUUUUUCAGUGAUUUUAAUUUUUUUAGGCCCAAUACUUUGCCUUUGAAAAUUUUUUUGUACCUGUAGCAUUGUUUUAUAGGUUGCAUAAUUUAAGAACUUUUUUGCUCAGUAAUCGCUAAUUUCUUUUAUCUAAAAUAAUUUCAAAAAGAUUUUUUCAUUGUUUUAAUUCUGAUAAAAUUAUCAACAGUUUAAAAUUUGAUGUUUAUGAUAUUCAUACUAGAAAUUUGGAGGAAAAAAGAUAUAAUCUGGAUUGUGUUGGCAUUCUUUUUAAAAGUCGAAAGUCUCAAUUUGGCUAUAGUAAAGAUUGCAAAUUAGAAAACAAAAUAUCUCUCUGAAUAUUUUGCUUUAAUCCUAUUGAAACUUUAGCUUUCAAAAUGAAUUUUAGAAAGAAAACUAUAGUUAGGAAAAUAUUUCCCAACUGAUUAUAUAGUGUUUGUGUUGCCAGAAUCACUAUUUUUAGAAUUACUCUUAUCUUGUAAUAUGUGUGAAAAUGUUUUAGUAAAAAAAUAUUUAUUUGUGAUUAUACUAUGCAAGUGAUUGACUUCUUUUACAGUAAGGAAAUGAACUCUAUUGAACUCUUAAUUAAACAUGUUAGUAUAGGUUUCUUUGAAGUCUGUUUUAUUUUAUAGAUUCACCUCAAUAUUGAGUUAUUUGGUUCCUUAAGUGUAUAAGUGGGCUAAGAACUGAAUGACCUUCAUCUUUUCCCAUCCCACUCAAAUGGGCAUUUGAUGUCUUACAAAAACAGUUUUUUCCCCUCCCAUGGUAGUCUUCUUUAUAUGUCAUACAGAAAGUGGUUAAAAAGGACAUAACUAUUAUAAUCAAAGAGCUUGUAAGAAACACUGCAAUAAGAUAGCUUUACCAUUCUUUCCCUCUUUCUUAGUUCUUGUAUCACUUAAACAAAAAUUUAGUAACACCUUAAUUCUAAUUUUAUUUUUACAGUUGUCCCAAAACUUAUCUGCCUAGAAUGGUCUCCUGAGUUAAUGUUGAUUACCAAGAGAGUUAACCUAAUUCAAAUUGAUUUUCAGUAACCUACAUAACAGAGUAGGCUGGCAUGAAUGGAAGACUGCUAGUGAGAGUAUUGCUCUUGGUUGUACUAUCAUUCUAACGGGAUGCCUGUAGAAGCGAUGAAUCAGGAUUCCAAAGAACAUUUGAUGCAACUGUUUCUAUCUAUUCACAGAUAAACUACUCCCCUUAUAGAGAAGGAUGACAUGGAAUAAAGGAAAAUAAUUUCAUACAUUAACCACUUAUUUUAGCUAAGACUUACAAUAAUUUUAUUCUGAAUAAUCUGUACUGUAACAAAAAUAUUUUCUGCACUGAAUCCUUAUUGCUUGCUUAUCGUGAGGCUUGAUUGCACAUUUCUUGGAUAUAUAUGAAAUUCGGUAUCUUGAAAAAAAUGAGGACAAAAAUAUGUUCCAAUUAAUGCUUCAGCUUAAUGCAUUAAUACUUCUAAUUCAUUAGAGAAAUUAAUAUGUGCCCAAGAUGCACUGAAAGAAGGUUACCCCUUUAGAACAGGGGUAGGCGAUGUCUAGUUCAUGGGCUGUAUAAGACUUGCAAAGUCAUUUGCAACCACAGGCAAUCAUGAGCUGAAAGCUAGGUACAGCAGCCUCCCACUAUUUGAAUUCUAUAAGUUGAUAAUUUUGUAUGGCUUACAAAUAUUCAAGUGGGCCUAGGCAGAAAAAAAAAAGUUUCCCUACCUCUGCUUUAGAAUAUAUUUUACUUUUGAGAUUUUUUUUUUUACCUAUAUGCCAUUCUUUCAAAGAAUAAUGAGAAACCUUGUUUAUUGUAUUUCAUAGGGCCACAAAAAGAAUAUUUAAAGUGGAAAAUAGGUGGUGUCUUUUUAGAAAUUCAUCUUGUAGUCUGGAAAGUUAUAGGUAGAAUUGUCAUGAGGAUUUCAUAUAUAUAUGUAUAUGAAUACCUUAUAUUUCAAUUCAUAGGGAUUAUUUGCUUUCCUGUUUCCUUCCAACAUAAUGUUAAAAAACCCCUGGCUCUGGCAUCUGAGGACCUUGCUUAAAAUCCUGCUUCUGACAAUACCUAUGCGACUUUGGGCAAGUCAUUUAAUUUCAUGAAUGUCAUUUUCCUCAUCUGCAAACUGAGAGAGUUGGAUUAGAUGGUUACAAAAGCUCUUUCCAUCCCUGUAGAUCUACAGUACUAUGAACCACUUCUUGUCCUCCCAAAGGAAGCUGAGCAGUAGUUCUCAAUGUUCUUUUGUUAGCUUUUGCUACUUUGCCACUCUUUUAUUUAAUUUCACCAUAUGGCCACUUACCUUUAAAAAAGGAAAAAAAAAAAAAAAAAAA